AUGAUAACACUACACCAUUAUCUUGGCCAAUGGCAAGAAUUGUUAAGACUGUUCCUGCACCAGAUGGAAAAAGGGGCGAGUAGAUUUGGCGCGCUCGGCCGUCAACUGCACCAGUACAGAUCGCGUGCCCUAGCGAACGCCUGCAUUUCGCCUCCGCGAUUCAAACGGGGGCCAGCACGUGUUUCGGAGACGCCGGCUCGCGGACAACAAAAAUCACAGAUUAUUAGAAUGGCGUCGACAACGAUAUUGCUGUGCGCGUGCGUGGCGGCGGCGGGUGCGUCGCUGGAAGUCGUGAACCAGUGGAACUACCUGCAGUUCGACUUCCCCCCGGACCCCGUGCUGCUGGAGAAGUUCCAGCCGGAGAACACGGUGCCCACGGGGCUGGAGAUCGGCUGGGACCGCCUGUACAUCGGGAUACCGCGGCUGCGGGCUGGCGUGCCAGCUACCUUGGCUUGGGUCCCACGCAGCUUGCCCCCCGGCGUCAGCCCCGUUUUGCAGGCGUAUCCCGAUUGGUCGUGGCACACCGCUGGCCGCGGUGACAUCAACUGCACAGGCUUGAUCUCCGUCUACCGCACGCGGGCUGAUCGCUGCAACAGGCUCUGGGUGCUGGACUCCGGCAUAUUCACGAGCAUUGACGACUUCCGACGCGUGUGCCCACCCAAGAUCCUCAUAUUCGAUAUGGCCACCGAUCGCUUGGUAAGAAGCGUGUACUUCCCCCGUGAACUGCUCCGACCCAGCUCCCUGCUCACCAAUUUGAUACUGGACGAUACGAGGUCACCGAACCCUCAUCUGUCAGCUACGUGUGACAACAUCUUCGCCUACAUCAGCGACACCGUCACUCCAGGCAUCAUCGUAUACGACAGCCGUCGCGACAACGCGUGGCGAGUUACCCACGCGUCCAUGUACCCCGACCCAAACCUUGGCGAAAUCGACAUCUCCGGCGAGAAGUUCACGCUGAUGGACGGAGUCGUUGGUCUUGCGCACUCACCAGCGCAAGGGCUCCUGUACUACCAGCCCCUUGCCACUGACAGAUUGUUCAGCGUGUCAACGGCCGUGCUCGCUUCCGGCCCCCCCGCAGAGGGGGCCGACUUACCCGUGAACCUAGUUGGCCGGAAGUCAUCCCAGGGCCUGGGCGUUGCGGUGGACCCCCGCGAUGACACCAUCAUAUUCAGCCCAAUGACGGAGACCGCAAUUGUCGCGUGGAACCCCAUCACCAAUAAUCAUAGACUGCUGGCACAGGACGCCGAGAAGCUGCAGUUUUGCGCAGAGGUUCGGUGGGCAGAGCGUGACAACGGCGCCGUGUGGGCUCUCUCUACUCGCUUCCAGAAAUACUUCCUUCGCACUAUUUCCAAGCACGAGAUUAACAUCAGAAUUGUGCGUGUGGUUGAUGGAGCCUACAUCAAUUUGCAACCACACGUUUUACGUCGUGCCGCUCAUUUUAACUCUACUGUUUAU